CCCAUCCCGGAGGCUUAAAGGGGUGAAGGGCCGGUCUCGUGAGGAAUCUGCGAUUGGGAAUGAACAGGCCGGGCGUCGUGAGAGGGACUUGGAGCUCCGCCUCGGGAUCCGGGUGCUGCGAAGGGACUUCGGGACAGACUCCACUUGCGCUACCGGGAUAAAUCGGGGGCCCGGCGGAGAGAGAGGUGAGUAGAGAGAAGAAAGAUCAACUCAUCAUGGCUGUUCCCAUAGCUAUUCUUGAUUGUGAUCUCUUGCUAUAUGGUCGUGGGCAUCGAACACUUGAUCGUUUCAAACUGGAGGAUGUCACUGAUGAAUAUCUGAUGUCUAUGUAUGGCUUCCCACGUCACUUCAUUUACUAUCUGGUGGAUCUUCUGGGUGCCAGCCUUUCUCGUCCUACACAACGGUCAAGGGCCAUUAGCCCAGAGACACAAAUUCUUGCUGCAUUAGGUUUUUAUACUUCUGGUUCUUUCCAGACUCGCAUGGGAGAUGCCAUUGGCAUCAGCCAGGCCUCUAUGAGCCGUUGUGUUGCCAAUGUUACUGAGGCCCUGGUGGAGAGGGCACCGCAGUUCAUUCAUUUCCCAGAUGAUGAAGUGUCGGUGCAGCACCUGAAAGAUGACUUUUAUGGGCUGGCAGGUAUGCCAGGGGUACUGGGACUAGUUGAUUGCAACCAUGUAGCAAUAAAGGCACCCAGUGCUGAGGACUUGUCAUAUGUGAAUAGAAAGGGCCUUCAUUCUUUAAACUGCCUGAUGGUUUGUGACGCCAGGGGAAUGCUACUGAGUGCGGAAACACACUGGCCAGGCAGCUUGCAGGACUGUGCUGUGCUGCAGCAGUCAGCCCUCAGGAACCAGUUUGAAGCUGGCAUGCACAAAGAUGGCUGGCUACUUGGUGAUAGUUCAUUCUUUCUUCGCACUUGGCUAAUGACCCCUCUGCAUAUCCCUGAAACACCUGCAGAGUGCCGGUAUAACAUGGCACAUUCAGCCACUCACAAUGUCAUUGAACGUACAUUCAGGACAAUUCGGUCCCACUUCCGUUGUCUGGAUGGGUCAAAGGGCACGUUGCAGUAUUCUCCUGAGAAGGCCAGCCACAUCAUUCUGGCUUGCUGCGUGCUUCAUAACAUUUCUCUAGAGCAUGGACUGGAUGUGUGGUCUUCCCAAACGAUGGGACAGAUGGAACAGCCAGAGGAAGAAUAUGAACAUAUGGAAUCACUUGACUCUGAAGCUGAUCGAGUUCGUCAGGAAUUAUUACUCACUCAUUUUAGCUAACAUUGCAAGACAUACUAAGUUGGACAUAUUGAAAGACAUGCAAACAAUUGUGAUAGAUCCUGAUUUUCCUCUUACAUCCAGCAAGAGAAAUAAAUGGGGAUGCAACUAUUGAAAUUG